AACGAGCAGAAAUCUAGGAGAUUUUAUUUGCAGAUCUCUUGACGUGAGAACGUUUCCACCAAUAUUGCCAUCUGAUAUAAGCGAUUCGUCGUGGAGAAGAGCCAUCAGGAGAUCAAGGUCGCAGAAAUGUUCCAUAAGAGGACUCCAUUUGUUUCGAUCGGAUGAUGAUGAGAUUGGUUCGGCGGUGGGGAGCUCGAGGAUACCGAGUCACUGGGUUCUUCUUUCUUUUCCAUCUGGCGACUGCCAUGACUUUUUCUCAUCAUCAAAGCCAUCUAGGUAUGGGUUGAUCCUGUCCAAUAUUCUCGAUGGCUGGUCACAUCGAUGUCGACAACUCUCUGGAAGAACGUCGCUCUUUACUCGGUACUGUCUUUCAUAAUGUGGAAAAUGUAAUACUCGACAAUAAUUUUCAGCCUUCACUGUCAUCAAAAUCAAUGAUACCCAGUACGACAAAGGGUCAUCUUUCGCUCACUACCACGCCCGCUCUUCUCGAACUUCGUCAAAAUAAUCCUCAAGAUUGUUCCAACCUCAUCACUGCAUCUGUCAAUCGAGCAACAGUCGAAAUUUCAAGGACGAUCAUCGCACUUAAUGCCACAUUCUCUCAACAACUCCAGCAAGCAUCGAUAUCGGCUUCCAAUGGCAUCAAGUCGGCUCAAGACUCAGCUACUUCCACAAUCGCCGUGGUGGUACAAAGUGCCAGUAUCGCAACAUCAUCUGCCUUUUCCAGUCUUACAAUCGCCAACUUGGCUGUGACGAGUGUGAAUUUCGCGUUGACGAGUGUUCAAGCAAGCGCAAGCACAGCCAUUGCAUCUGCUAGUUCGAAUCUGGAUCUUGCUCAAUCGACAAUUACCAGUGUUAACUUGGCAUUGUCGAGUGUAUCGUCGGCGUCCAGUACUGAUGUUUCCAGCCUUAGUGCGAGUUUGGCCCUGCUCCAAGCUAGUAUAUCUUCGAUUCAGGCGUCAGCGUCCGAUGCUAUAGCGGCGGCUCAAGCUGCUCUUGCUUCAGCAACUGGAUCAGCGGCAGCACAAGCAUCUUCAAUUCUUGCGUCAGCAGCUUCAAAUGGCCAAGCUCUCAGUUCACAAACUUCAUCAAGUCAACCAAUCUUCCACGCUCCACCAACCACCUUUCUCACCCCAGCUCAAUUGGCAGCAAUCAUCGUCGGUGCUGUGGUUGGCUCGAUCCUGUUCGGUUUAGCUCUCUACUUCCUCAUAAUCCGCAUGAAGAACAGGAAAGAUCGUGACAGUUAUCUGGACGAGAAAGAUGUUGCCCGGAGCCCGAGGAAUAUUCCUACUCGCAUGAGUUCGACGUUCCGAACUGGGAAUGCGAUGACGAUUAAGUUCAACCCGCCAAAAACUUCAGAUGCACCGCCUCCUGCUCAACCGUCCAUUCGAGAGCCAACCUUCAAAGCAUCACCCAGUGCAGAGAUUCAGGAGAUUAGCGAUGUGAGCCCUGCUAGAGGAGUUGCAUGGCCUCUUACUUUAAGCUUCACGGCGAAGGAGGAUGAUCCUUUCCAGGAUCCUACGGAGGAAGUCACGGGUUGGCCGCUCAUGGCUGGUGGUAUUAAUACGGUUGUUACUACGCCGUCCACUUGGGCAGCGCCACGGAAACGCAGUGUCGAUAUUUUUGAAGCUGCGAGACUGUCAUUUAUCGCUCCGGUGCCGGAUCCAGUCCCGUACAUGGGACCUUUCGCGGAUCCUGUUGUUGAUGAACGAGGUCAAUCUAUGGCCGGAAAUACAAGCUUUGCAAAUGUGACGCCGAGGGAGGAAGUAAUAAAUCCGUUUGAAGACCCUGUUGAGGAGACCUUCUUGGUAGAAGAGUUCAGAGCGCGAGCCUCAGAAGACGUGCAGCCAACGUUCCCGCUACCAAAUACUGUCCCAAUUCAACAAGAGCCAUCCCGACCAAGUCUCGACAUCGAGGAGCCUCCCUCUCCUGCGAGGGUCCUUAUUCAAGAAUCACAAACACAACAAUCACCCUCACCACCCUCCUCGCCAGCUCUCCAACAAACUCUCAACACAGCAACUCCCGAACCAAUAAACCCACCAAUUCCCUCGCCCCAUCUCCCCACCCCCUCAAUCACCUCCCUCGCAACCCUCCUCCCACCCCAAAGCACUCGCGCACCCCUCGCCUCAACUCUCGCUCUCCUACGCUCAGAACCAGAACCCGAACGAAACAGCACCAUGCCCGAAAUCGACAUCCUACUCCGUCAAGUCGCGCAGCAGAACGAGAAAUUGGCCUAUAAACCGCUCUUUUGGACGGAUUUUAGGGCUGCUGAGCCAGAUGUACCGGUUGAUUUGGGAGGAUUUGAGGUCGAGGAGGUCAGGAUGUUGAGUCUUUUUAAGGGUUAUGGAGGUUUUGAGGAGGAAUUCUGGGGUUGACAUGGAUAUUUUUGAGGAAGAGAAGGUGUUUGAGCCAGAAUCAGAACCAAUGUUGGAGUUGCCCCGAGAGUCGACGCGAGAGCCAGAGAUUCGGGCACCUUCUCCAGCUCCAGUGUUGGAAGAAGGAGAAUUUCCGCCCCUGAGGAAUAUCGAUUCUCUACUCGCUAAGAACGACGCGAAGAGUCCAGAAGACGAGGUUCCAGAGCUAGAGAUGCGGGAGGAGCCGUCUCCUCUUCCAGUUCCGGAAGUUGAGGAAAGGGAGCUCUCACCUUUGAGAAUGAAUCCUCAGCUGCGAAAUAUCGACUCAUUGCUCGCCGAGAACCAAGCAUUGAAGAUAGAGGAGCAAGAAAGGGAGCCUGCAAUCCGCGAACAAUUU